CGUCAACCUGCAAAAUUAGUUUGAUAUUUGUUUUUGUUCCUUUCUGUUGUCUUCACCUCCAUCAUGGCGUCCUGUGUGCCCUGCGGCGAUUUAUUGACCUCGCGGCACUCGAGGUCCAAGAUAAGUUGUCCACCGUGUCCAUGCCCACCUUGUCCAUGUCCACCGUGUCCUUGUCCACCGUGCGGCGUCCCAGUGAUGCCGAUAUCACAAGAAUGCCAAGUCAAGCCAUGCGACAAAGGAAAUCAGAUCUGCUGUAACGUUGCGGUGCCAUUUAAGGUCGAACGACCACCUAAACCCAAAAAGAAGUGUAAAUAUAUACAACCAGCGCGACCAAAAUCAUUCGCACCGGAAAAAAAAUACAUCCCGCCCGAGAUGAAAAUGGCGGAUGAUACCAUUUACAAGAAAUCCUACAUCCCCGUUGAAAUCGAGAAAGCCAAGGUAGUUAUACCAGAGAAUAAUUUGUGUGUGGGUGAGGGCAAAAUAUCGGACGAUACGGUAAAUAGGAUGUCUUUUAAGCCCCUAAAAGUCAAACCUACGUGUCCGAUUUAUCCGUGUGAACACAAACUUCUCGGCGAUGGACCUAUGCAAGAUAUAACCACCAAUAAACACGACUACGUCCCUAAACCUUUGACCAAAGUAGAUGUCAUUAAACCGUUUACUAAUCUUUACACAUCCGAUUGUCCUUUGAGUGACAAAACGAUCAAUAGGAUGUCUUAUAUGCCCAUUGAUCUCAGUAAGGCAAAGGUGACACCAUUUCAUCCCAGCAACGCCAUAGAAAAACCGACGGGGAAAAUUAGCGACCAAACCAUCAACAAAAUGUCAUAUCUACCAUGGGAACCAUCGCCGCCAGUGGAGAAACCGUGGGCGGAGAGACCCAAGUAUCGACCGCCUCAAUUGAGGAUGGAUGACAAUACUGUUAACAAAAUGAGUUACCAACCUCCUGGUCAGUACGUCGAAUGUGCGGAUGAUGAUCCUAACUGCAUCGACUGUCCCGAGUCUCCGUGUGAUCCUAAUGAUUAUAAAGAAAUUCAAUGUACAGGUCCGAUGCAGUGUUGUAUGGCUUGCUGUUGUCCUAAAGCAGCCUGUUAAGUUUUGCAACGAAAUUCUUCGUUAAAUCGGAAUUCUUUUUUGUAUAUAUUUUGGAACAUAAAUUCUUUAUUCAUUUG